UCGCUUUCGAGAAGUCGACGCAAACGGUUCGUAUUCGUGAAGUUCGCAUCUGUAUCUGAAAAAAACACAAGAUAAACGAUGCGCGUGCGCCGUGUGAAUUUCGCAAAGUUUUGAAAUAGUCAAGAUCUGUGUGAUGUGCUUAUAAACUGUGCAAUUACUGAAAUAGAAAAUCAAGACAAGACUCUCUAAAUAACUUGCCCAUUGAAACACUUUUGGAUUAGUUUCACGACAAGCAAAUUGAAAAACAAACCAAACACAAACAAUAUGGUUCGAAGUUUGGCCCAGUGGACGAAGACGCUGAGCUUCCCCUCGCGUCUCUCGCCAAAUCGCAACUCCAAAGAUUGCUCCACUUUGGCCGGUCCAGUACCGCCACCCACUCCGCCCAGGAAUAAGACAACCUCGGGCAGUGGCAACUGCGCCACAUCGCGCUCCUCAUCGUCGACAGUGUCCUCUUCGCACUCGUCUUCCCACAGUUCACCCACUCCCGGGAACAACAACAACAACAUGCCCAUCACGGAACUGGAACAGAUUAUCUAUCCCGGUCCUGAUCCCAAACACAUCAUGGGCUCCCUGGUCUUCUGCAUUCACCACAAACAGGGCUGCAAGUGGUCCGAUGAGCUGCGAAAGCUGAAGGGUCAUCUCAACGCCUGCAAGCACGAUGCCACCCAGUGUCCCAACAAGUGCGGAGCCCAGAUCCCACGGAUCAUGAUGACCGAUCACCUGCAGUACACCUGCACGAUGCGGAGAACCCGUUGUGAGUUCUGCCAGAGCGAAUUCUCCGGCGCCGGACUGGAGGAGCACAACGGCAGCUGUGGCCAGGAGCCGGUUUACUGCGAGGCCAAGUGCGGCCAGAGGAUCCUACGCGGCCGGAUGACCCUUCACAAGUCUAAGGACUGCGCCAAGCGACUCCGACGCUGUGCCCACUGCCAGCGGGAGUUCUCGGCGGACACACUGCCGCUGCAUGCGGCCCAGUGCCCCAGGGCUCCGUUGGCCUGCCCCCAGAGAUGCGAUGCGGGUCCGAUUGCCAGGGGUGAGCUGGAGGCUCAUUUGCGGGAUGAGUGCCAGUCGCUGGCCGUCUCCUGCAGCUUCAAGGAGGCGGGCUGCCGCUUCAAGGGUCCCCGCCAAAUGCUGGAGGCGCACUUGGAGAGCAACGCCGCCGCCCACCUCUCGCUGAUGGUGGCGCUCAGCUCCCGCCAGGGUCAGCAGAUCCAGAUGCUCAAGUCGGCGGUGUCCAAGUUGUCGAUCAACUACACCGGCACUUUGCUGUGGAAGAUCACCGACUGGUCGGCCAAGAUGACGGAGGCGAGGGGCAAGGACGGUCUGGAGCUGGUCUCGCCGCCCUUCUACACCUCCCAGUAUGGCUACAAGCUGCAGGCCUCGAUGUUCCUCAAUGGCAAUGGUCCCGGCGAGAAUACCCACGUGUCCGUUUACAUAAAGGUCCUGCCCGGAGAGUACGAUGCCCUGCUGAAGUGGCCCUUCUCGCACUCCAUCACCUUCACGCUGUUCGAACAGGGCGCCCAAAGUGGCCAGGGAGGUGUGGCGGAGUCCUUUGUGCCGGAUCCCACCUGGGAGAACUUCCAGCGUCCCUCGAACGAGCCCGAUCAGCUUGGAUUCGGCUUCCCGCGCUUCAUCUCCCACGAACUGCUGCACAGCCGACCCUUCAUCAAGAGCGAUACCGUGUUCCUGCGCGUCAAGGUGGAUCCCAGCAAGAUAGUGGCCGUCUAGGGAGCAAUCAUUAGUAUCAUUAAACAUUUACUCGACUUGUGUAAAUACUGUGUAUUUAAAUUUAUGAGUAAAUCCCCUAGCCUAGCGUAGUCUAGCCUCUUCAGUCCCAGCGGCAGCUUCGGGCGAUGUUGGCCGGGAGGAGCUAACUGGCCUUGGAAUGCCGACCGCUGGGCCACUGCGUCAUAGUCAUACUCGUUUCGUUUAGGUUUUUGCAGUGCUGGAAUUAAACCAAAGCAUACUUACGCAUAGAAAUACAUUUAGCGAUAACAUCCAAUUCAUCCAUAAAUGUACGCCUAAGUUUGUGUCUUAAGUCUUUUGUUUAGAGAUUUGUAUUAUUGCGCGCGAUGCGAUCACUUUCAAAAGAUCUUCAAACUAGACCGUACGCUCAAAAUCAGUUAGACCAUAAGUUGCAUGUACAUAGCGUUAAAUUCGGAGCAGCCGCAGCAACCGCAAACCUAGUUCUAGUUGUAGCACCUAGUUAGUCGCCUAAGCCAACGCAUUAGUCAUUAGUACCAUGAACACGAACAUAAACAUGAGAAUCCAACUUUCAACAUAGUCAAAUAAGUUUAUGCUUAAAAGCUACAAAGUCAAACAUACAAUAAAAUGAAAUAAUUAUUAUGCAAAUUGUA